CCAGUUUAUUCAGAUAAUCCAACAUGGCGGACCUUCAAGUUAAUUUAACUCAAUAUCGAGCCCAACUAAGCCAGGUCGAAGCUGCUUUAACCACAGACCCUGAAAACGAAGAACUCCUAAAGCUUAAGAACGAUUUGGAGGAAGUUAUCAAUUUAACAUUAGACCUUCUUAAAGUUAAUGAGAAAGGACCACCUAAAGAACUUGCUCCAUCAACAACAUGGAAAGUUGGUGACAGAUGUGAAGCAGUCUGGAGUAAGGAUGGAAAUUAUUAUCCUGCUGUAAUCGACCUGAUUUCAGAUGACUGUACAACAUGUACAGUAACUUUUGACUAUGGAAACACAGAAAUUGUCAAGCUAAAUUCAGUAAGAGCUAAUAAUACACAAGCUGCUGCUGGUCAAAAGAGAUCAAAUCCUAACGAUGAUGAUGAUGAUGAUGCAUCAUCAGGCUCGAAUAAAAAGAUAUCAAGGAAAGAAAAGGACCAACUAAGAGAACAAAAACGAAAAAAGAUGGCCAAAAAGCAACAACGAUUAAAGGAACUUGGGGAGCAAAGAGAACAAGAGAAAAAUCGAUGGUUAGACUUCUUUAAUAAUUCAAAGGGUGGUGCAAGCAGCAGCAAACAACCAAAGAACUUAAAAGGCGUCUCAAAGAAAAGUAUAUUUGCAUCACCAGAGACUUUGACAGGCCGAGUUGGUGUUGGAACAUGUGGAAUUGGAGACAAACCUAUGACAAACUUCCCCAAACAAGACAAAGUGGUGUACAAGAAGUGAUCCAGUGUUGUAAAUAUCUUAUCCAAAAUGGAAAUGUUUAUAGUUCUGGAAUAUUUCGUCCCGUCACAUCUCAAUGAAAUCUUUGACAACUGCUCCGGUCCUUUCUUCUCCCAUCUUUUCUUUCAUCUUUUCUUUCAUCUUUUCUCCCAUCUUUUCUCCCAUCUUUUCUCCCAUCUUUUCUCCCAUCUUUUCUCCCAUCUUUUUUCCCAUCUUUUCUCCCAUCUUUUUCCCCAUCUCUCUUCACAGCUGAAAUGUUAAUAUGACUACUGAAAUCUUUUUUUAAAAUUUAAAACAGUUACUGGGCAUUUGUCCCCCUCGUAUAUUCAAGAGACAGUUAAAUGUAAACCAUUCAGAUUAAAUUUCCCAAUGAACAAAGUUUUAAAUUUUGGGAUAUUAUAGCCUAAUUUUUUACCCGGACAUAGUUACAAUACAUUCGAAGGAAUUUCCAAUGGAGAUCGUUUUGAGGGCCAUUGAGCUAAGAUUUUUUAAUCCAGGUUUUUCGUAACCCAUGUAACUGCUCUCAAGCAUUGUUUUGGGUGCCAAUCAAUAUUUAGGAARCCCUUGUAAACGCAAGUGAAGUGAGUCUUGUGACACAUUUGGGUGCCAAGAAUCGUGUUUUGGGUGCCAAUAAAUAUUUAGGAAGCUCUUGUCAACACAAGUGGAGUCUUGUGACACAUUUGGGUGCCAAGAAUCGUGUUUUGGGUGCCAAUAAGUAUUUAGGAAGCCCUUGUCAACACAAGUGAAGUGAGUCCUGGGAAGCAUAAAAAAUGUUUAGCACUGGCUCCACAUUUGGGUACAAAUGAUCGAUUUCUGCGUUCACGCGUUCAGCACUUUGAAGAGGGGCGAUGAACGGGUUUUAUCCCUCCAUAUACCCGUCUGAGAUAGGAAAUCUUUUAUAUAAAAAAUAUCUUCGGCAUAUUCGUUUACAAUCAAUAAAUAUCUAGGAUUGUAUGAGCGUCGAAAAAUCCUGAUUGUAUUAAUGCUUUCCUUAUUAGUGUAAAAGUAAACUUUAAGCCAUCUAAACAGGUUCAUUUUUAUUUAGUAAAAUUUGUUUCAUUUUUA